AUGGGCACCGGGGAUUUUAUUUGCAUUUCCAUGACUGGAGGGGCGCCCUGGGGCUUCCGGCUCCAGGGGGGCAAGGAACAGAAGCAGCCUCUACAAGUUGCUAAGAUUCGAAGCCAGAGCAAAGCCUCUGGAUCGGGACUGUGUGAGGGGGAUGAAGUUGUGUCUAUCAAUGGCAACCCUUGCACAGACCUCACCUACCCUGAAGUCAUCAAGCUCAUGGAGAGCAUAGUGGACUCCCUGCAGAUGCUGGUGAAAAGACCAUCUAGUGGAAUAAGCGAAGCUUUGGUCUCCGAAACUCAGAAUGAACCCCAGGAACAGCUCCCACAUGGGGACUGUGUGGAAAGGACGACCCUACAGAUUCGCCCAGCCAUCCAGACGCAGCACGGGGAGGUCUUCACCACCACCUCGGUCCAGGGUGGGGCUCCCCUAGCUGAAGACCAGAGAAGUGCUUCCAAUUGUAUCAGAGACAUAGAAAAAGAAACAGAUCUGAGCCACCAAAGGGAUCCCCAAAUGCUUGACUCCCAGGAAGGCUAUUUGGCUGAAGAAACCAUCCUGAGGGAGAAGGCAGGAGCAGGCCCUGUGGUGGAGCUACAGCUGUCACUCUCUGAGGCAAGACACAAGGGCAGUCAGGGCCCUGGAGUGGCUGUCCAGGGAGCUGAAAAUUUAAAAUCUCCUGACCCAGACUCUAGCUUCUACCAUGAGGAGGCCUUGCACAUCAAUUCAGUGACUGCUCAUGAGAAAGCAGACCCUUCUCUGAGGUCCAGCAAGAUCAUCCAGAUUUCCAGUGGCAGAGAAUUGACAGUGAUCCAGGGAGAGGAAGCUGAAGAUGAUCUGGGACUGGCCCGUGUGGAAGUGAUCUUCGACUGCUCUGACAGACAGAAGGCAGAAGGGCGCAGGCUGCAGGCAGGAAAGGGGUGUGUGGUUUCCCCAGUGGAAGGAGGGCAGUCAGAAGCACCUCCUUCUCUGGUCUCCUUUGCCGUCUCAUCAGAAGGCACAGAGCAGGGAGAAGACCCACGCUCCGACAGAGAUCAUAGCAGACCACACAAGCACAGAGCUCGGCACGCAAGACUCCGGAGGAGUGAAAGCCUGUCCGAGAAGCAGGUGAAGGAAGCAAAGUCUAAAUGCAAAAGCAUCGCCCUCCUUCUGACGGAUGCCCCCAACCCCAACUCCAAGGGGGUGUUGAUGUUUAAGAAGCGCCGGCGGAGGGCCAGGAAAUACACGCUGGUCAGCUACGGCACGGGAGAGCUGGGGAGGGAGGAAGAGGAGGAGGAGGAGGAGGGCGACAGGGAGGACGCCUGCGAGGUGGCAUUCCUGGGCGCCAGCGAAUCCGAGGUGGAUGAGGAGCUGCUGUCCGAGGCUGAGGACGACGGGCCCCAGGUGGUGACCUUCGACUGGGAUUCGGGCCUGGUGGACAUCGAGAAGAAGCUGCACCGGGGAGACAAGAUGGAGCUGUUACCCGACAGCACGGGCAAGGGGGCCCUCAUGUUCGCCAAGCGCCGGGAGCGGAUGGAUCAGAUCACCGCGCAGAAGGAGGAGGAGGAGGAGGGCGCGGGGCCCGGGCCGGGCCGGGAGGCGAACGCCGCCGCCGUGCAGGUGGACGGGCUGAGAACCGUGGCGUCCUACCAGAGGCAGGACGAGGCCUCGGUGCGGGUGCGGGGCGCGGUGAGCACCAGCUACGUGCAGCUGGGCCGCGGGGCCGGCCCGCUGCCCCAGCAGAACGGCUUGGUGGCGGCGGCGCCCGGCCUCCCGGAGCCCCCCAGGGCCGUCCCGAUGAACAGGACGGCCAAGCCCUUCCCGGGCGCCGGGGCCCCGCCGGCCGCGCCCUUCGUGCCGGCCCGCAGCCCGACGAGCCCCCGCGCCGACUUCUUCCCCGCGCCGCCGCCCUACUCGGCCGUCACCCCGCCGCCGCCCGAGGCCUUCUCCGGGGCUGUCUCGAGCCCCGUGGCCGGCCCGCCGCCGCCGCAGCCCCCGCCGUGGCCCCAGCCGGGACCCUGGGCCCAACCCGCCUUUUACGACUCGUCGGAGCGAAUCGCCUCCCGGGAUGAGAGGAUCGCCGUGCCCGCCAAAAGGACGGGCAUCCUGCAGGAGGCCAAGAGGAGGAGCACCACGAAGCCCAUGUUCACCUUCAAGGAGCCCAAAGUCAGUCCCAACCCGGAACUCUUGUCACUGCUGCAGAAUUCCGAGGGCAAACGGGGCGGCGGGGCCGGGGGCGACUCCGGGCCCGAGGAGGACUACCUCAGCCUGGGCGCCGAGGCCUGCAACUUCAUGCAGGGCGCCUCCGCCAAGCAGAAGACGCCCCCGCCCGUGGCCCCCAAGCCCGCCGUCAAGUCCCCCCCAGCCUCCCAGCCGGCCACCCCCAUGUCUCCAGUCUGGUCUCCAGGACCCGUGGCUCCGACCCAACCUCCUCCUGCCUUUCCCACGUCCAACCCAUCGCCAGGCCCAGUGGCCUCCGCCAUCAAAAUCGCCCAACCGUACGCUCCCGUGCGGCCCGCCAGCGCCCUGAACCUGUCCGGUCCCUUCAAAGGCCCGCCAGCCGCAGUAGCCAAUCAGAAUUACACACCCAAGCUCGCGGCGACGCCCCCCGCGGGGCCACCCAAUGAGCUGCCCGGAAUGAGCGGGAAAGGCGCCCAGCUCUUCGCCAAGAGGCAGUCGCGCAUGGAGAAGUACGUGGUGGAUUCCGACACGGUGCAGGCCCACGCGGCGCGUGCGCAGUCUCCCACGCCGUCCCUCCCAGCCAGCUGGAAAUACUCCUCCAAUGUGCGGGCGCCCCCGCCGGUGGCCUACAACCCGAUCCACUCUCCUUCCUACCCGCUGGCUGCCAUCAAGUCCCAGUCCUCGGCUGCACAGGCCUCCAAGAUGAGCAAGAAGAAGGGCAAGAAACCCCUCAAUACUCUUGAUGUCAUGAAACACCAGCCGUACCAGCUCAAUGCGUCCUUGUUUACUUUCCAACCUCCAGAUGCCAAAGAGAGCCUUCCCCAGAGGUCACCGGUGAAGGUCAGUGCCGCCCCAGCCAUGAGACAAGCGCUUCCUCCCCGGCCCGUGAGCGUGGGCUCCCCCACGAACGCGCAGGCCUCGUCGGUGUACUCGGUCCCGGCCUACACCGCCUCGCCCGCCGGCUUCGCGGAGGCCGCCUCGCCCGCCAGCGCCUCCCCCGGGCCUCCGGGCCUGCCCACCUCUCCCAAGCAAGAAGCCGCCUCUUCCUCUUAUUUCGUGGCGCCGAGGCCCAAGUUUUCAGCCAAGAAAAGUGGUGUCACAGUUCAGGAAAGUGGUGGGCGCACUCUUUCUCUUCCUGGAAGACCCAUCCCACCUACCAUGUCUACAUCGCUUUGGGAAUACCAGCCUGCUUACCCUGUCAAACCAACCAACAGGCUGGAGAAAGCCAACAAGAGACCAACUCCUUGGGAAGCUGCAGCAAGGUCCCCUCUCGGCCUGGUGGAUGAUGCGUUCAGACCCAGGAGCAUCCAGGAAUCCAUUGUGGCCAAUGUGGUUUCUGCAGCUCGAAGGAAAGUGCUUCCAGGGCCUGCAGAAGACUGGAAUGAGAGAGCGUCCUAUGCUUCCCAAACCCAGACCAACACAAGCUCACUUGAAAGGCUAGAUGAUAAUGUUGCAUUCCCAAUCAACAAUAGCAUGUCCACCAACUACCAAUACGGCUCACAGCCGCCAUAUGCAUUCUAUAGGCAAGGUUCCAGAAAUGAUUCUGAAAUAAUGUCCUUGGAAACCAGGUCUGAUUACUGCCUUCCACUAGCCAAUUGCAACUACAACCCACACCCAAGGGGAUGGAGACGUCAAACAUGA